AUGAAGCCUCUCUCGUUCCAAGUUGUUGUGACGGCAACAAACAUCGUCUCUAAGGCCCUCGCCCGCGCAGCUUUUGUCGAAACCUCAACACAGCAAGAGCCUGACGGGAGACACAAAGACCUUUGCAAGCGCCUUGACAAGACAUUCGCUGAGCUUGAUAAGGUCGAUCUAGCUAGGAUCGUUAUCAAAGAAGGACAAGCCUUCAAAGCUCUGAUUGGAACCAUCAAGUUCGAUUUUACGCUAGAGGAUUAUUCAGUGCGAUUUGCCAUCCCGAAUCUCUACUUUCUUGUGGUGACGGUGUAUGAAAUUCUGAGAGUGAAAGGGGUGCAGAUAGGGAAGUUGGAUUAUCUGGAAGAAUUUGUGGCCUAA